AUGGAAAUUGUGGUCUCUGUUAUGUUGCUGUUAGUUGGUAUAGCAGUUUUGGUGUUCAUUCAUGUUUGUAUAGUUGGGAGAGCUUUCACUAGCAGAAAUGGAAUCAACGGUACGAUCUUUAACCAGAUAAAUGUGAACAGACAUACAAGUAUGUCACAAGAGGAUAUAAAGAAAUUACCCUGUUUUGAUUACAAAAUGGAAUCUACGAGCCCUGUGGAUUGUGCUGUGUGUUUAGAGAAUUUCAAAGUUGGUGAAAAGUGCAGACUACUACCAAAGUGCAAUCACAGAUUUCAUGUUCAAUGCAUUGAUUAUUGGUUACAGAAAACAGCUAUUUGUCCAAUCUGCAGAGCAAGUGCUAAAUCAAUAUUAGAAACAGAGGAACAAAGCAAUGAUGUUGCACUUGAAAUGACUUAA